AUGCCAACGCGCCUCGAACCGUUUUACUUACUGAACGUCUUUCUAUAUAUUGAACCGAAGAUGAUUCCAUUGUUCGAACAAGUCAGUGGCAACUGUGCGACUGCGAUUUCGAUGAUGCACACCAACCCGCCAUUAUCAUCAGACCCUAAAGACGUCAAAAUUGUUUUCACUGCGUUAGAGCAAUUAAACACCCUACAAAUAAGUUCGGACCUUCUUCCGAAAAUUCCCGACGAAUAUUUAGAGAAGGUCCAGAAGAUUCAAUUGACCGAUAGAGACUUCUUUGUUGGAGGACAUUUUGCUCGGAAAUUUGUCUUUGCAAACCACCUCCCAAUGACUGAGACGAAGUACCCAUAUCUCAAAAAUUUGAAGAUCUCUGACUCAUCGCUUUACUUUCUGAAAGAAAAUUUGUAUAAGUACCCGGAACUGGAAAUUGUCACGGUCUACUUCACGACGCUCGCAGAAGUUGCUAAGACACAAAACUUACUCGAUUUUGUAUUACGCAACUCGAAAGCAAAAAUCACGCUGUUUGUUGGGAAAGUUAUCGAAAAGGAUUUGGACCUCAUUAAGGCCAACGUACGCAAUGCUGUGAUCAUCGCCAGUCCAGCGAUUAUCGAGAAUAAAAAUUCGUUCACUAUUUGCUUCAAAUAUGGUAAAACAAUGAACAAGCAAUAA